CCCCGCCCGCAGCCUGCGCCGGGCCUGCGCUUGCUCCUGACCUUCGGCAGGGCUGCUGAGGGCCGGGCCCUGCUGGGCCGAGCCGAGCCGAGCCGGGCCGGGCCAAACCGAGCCGAACCGGGCCGAGGAGGGCAGGGCUGAGCCGUGCCGAGCCGUGCCGGGGGUCCCGGCUGCGGGGAGGGGCGAGGCGCGGUGGCGGGCGCCCCGCGUCAGGCGUGAGGGAAGAUGUCGGCGCCCAACAUGCAGGAGAGGAAGGCGUGCUGGGGGGCGAGGGACGACUUCUGGAGCUGCCUGGAGGCGCAGGGGGAGGACGCGGCGCGGUGCCAGGAGCUGCGGCUGGCCUUCGAGGCACGCUGCCCCCAGCAGUGGGUUAAAUACUUUGACAAAAGAAGAGACUUUUUAAAAUACAAAAAGAAGCUUGAAGCAGAAGGGUUUCAUCCUCCAGAAACUGCUGGGAAGGCUUAAGUACUCUGCUUUCAAAGUAUAGCUGAUGAGAAUAAAGCUGUGGAAGGAAGAUGCGUGAGAAAGCAACAGAACCUGCUUUAGUGCAAGAACUCGAGGUCAAGAACUGCUUAACCUGUCUUCCUAAAAUGCAGGCCACUGUUCUUGUUACGGGGUCUCACGUCUGCUGAAAAAAGGAUGGUCAUGGACAAUCAUGGACAACUUGAGUCAAAGUAGCAUGGUGCUGGGCUGUUGGCAAAUCUGAGGCUUUGACUGUGUAAUGACAGUCAUUGUUUCACAAGAAUAAAUAAAUGAUUAUAUGAUAGCACCAUGUACAUAUUCUAAAAAGAAUAAAAGUGGUUUUCAGCAAGUGAGCUCACUUUUCUUGAAAAAGCUUUUCCAACUUUACUACCAUAUCAAAAGCCAGGGGAGGGUGGUUUAUGUAAUCUGCAUUUAUCAUUGGCCAAGUGUUUCGAAGUAUUUUAAAAUAUACUCACUUUCCAACAGUAGCCAUCAAAAAGCCUAAUGUAUCCUGUGUAUAUGAUACAUAAGCUAUGUAUUUUUCUUAAGAAAGAGUAAUGAUUGUUGUUAGCUGUAACAGGUGGUUUCCAAUCAGUAUCUGUUGUAAGCAGGGCAGUUAUUUAUCACACAUUAUGGAACUUUCAUGUAAUUUAGAAUUAAUUACCUUACUGAAGCACUGAAGCAACUCCAUUAAAAAUACCUACCAAGGUUUAUAGCAGGGCCAGUAAGCUUGACUAUGAAGGACACUCCAAUGAGGGACAGCACAAGACAUUUGUGAAAGACUGGAUUCCAUAUAUAUUUUGAAAGUUAAAUUUACUUACACUACCUGGUACUGGAAGCAUUAAGCACUACUCAUACUAAGAGAAUUUUUGGUUGUUGUAAGUGGAGGGCAUGUGGUCAGUUUCAAAUAUGGCUGUCAAUCAAAAAUAACCACAGUAAAAAUCCUCUGUUUUGAA